AUGAAUCAGUGGGGAAUUUUUGUUUUUAUUGGAAGAGAGAAAUGUUUGCAAAUAGAAGUAGAAGAACAGCUCCCGGAUUUACCGAAAGAAACGAAAACAGAAGUGGUUCGCUUUGACAACCGCAAAGAUAAUAGUCUUCCUCGUCCUCGCUUCAUCAGUCGUUUUCAUCCUUCUCAUGCCUCUACCUCUGAUUUGAAUGGUCUAGAAGCAUCAAGUUCAUCAGCGAGCAAAACAAUGGAAGCUCAUCACAAUGAGGAUCUCAAAGAGACUACACCAGGGAUGCUGAUCAAUCAUCAAAGGAGGACAUCACUUCCAGUGCCAACUUCAUCAAAUGAAUUCAUGAUCACCGAUCCGACAUCUUCAUCAUCCGACAACAACAAAAACGGCGGGUCAACUGGAAAAUCCGUUAAGUUCCUCUCUCAGCCGGUGACCAAAGUCCCAUCCCUCUACAUUGAAAGCGGCAAAGAUAAUGAUGAUGAUAGCCUUCGCCAUGAUAAUCAUCAACAUCAUCAUCAGCAACAUCACCAGAGCGGCCAACUUCAAAAUCAAAAACCUGCAUCGCAUAAGCUUAAGGAUCACAGGUACAACUCAUUCAAGACUUGGUCAGGGAAACUCGAGAGACAAUUCACAAGAAAACCAUCUUCUAUACCAGAGACACCAGACCAGGGUAAGGAGCAUUUAAAUACUAAUGAAGCCAUGCCUGUGGACCGAUACUUUGCUGCCUUAGAAGGUCCUGAAUUGGAGACUCUCCGGUCUCAAGAGGAGAGCGUUCUACCAAGUGAACAAACAUGGCCAUUUCUUCUCCGCUUCCCGAUAUCCACCUUCGGUGUGUGCCUUGGAGUGGGAAGCCAAGCCAUAAUGUGGAAAACCCUAGCCACUGCGAAGCCAACAAGGUUCCUACACGUAUCCCUAUGGAUACACCGGAGUCUCUGGUUCAUCUCGGUCGCAUUGAUUCUCAUCAUUUCCACUAUUUACCUCCUCAAAAUCAUCCUCUACUUCGAAGCAGUACGCCGCGAAUACUACCAUCCCAUCAGAAUCAACUUCUUCUUCGCGCCUUUCAUUUCAUUACUCUUCUUAGCCCUAGCGGUCCCACAUUUCAUAGUUACAGACUUGCCACAGUUCCUUUGGUACGUCCUCAUGUUUCCUUUUAUCUGUCUGGAGCUCAAGAUUUACGGACAGUGGAUGUCGGGUGGUCAACGCAGGCUCUCCCGAGUCGCCAACCCGACCAACCAUCUCGCAAUCGUUGGGAACUUUGUAGGGGCGUUGCUUGGUGCAAAAAUGGGCCUUAGGGAAGGACCAAUAUUUUUCUUCACUGUUGGGAUGGCUCAUUACUUGGUUCUGUUUGUGACAUUGUACCAAAGACUACCGACCAAUGAGACUUUGCCUAAAGAUCUUCACCCUGUGUUCUUCCUUUUUGUUGCCGCUCCAAGUGUUGCUUCCAUGGCUUGGGCUACGAUCACUGGCUCCUUCGACUACGGCUCCAAAGUUUGUUACUUCAUCGCCAUGUUCCUCUAUUUCUCUUUGGCUGUUCGGAUUAAUUUCUUUCGUGGAAUCAAAUUUUCGUUGUCUUGGUGGGCGUAUACGUUUCCAAUGACCGGAGCGGCAAUUGCAACCAUCAGCUACGCAGCAGUAGUGAAGAACACCAUGACUAAAGUAUUGUGUGUGAUCCUCUGUGCCAUUGCGACACUAGUCGUUUUCGCACUGCUCGUGACCACCAUCAUCCAUGUCUUUGUCCUCGGAAAUCUUUUUCCCAAUGACAACGCCAUAGCCAUCAGCAACCGCCCAAGAUCCAAACAGACUAACCACCACCGUUGGCUCGAACAGUUUAGAAACGUAAGCUCAGAGACCCUAGAAAAUUACUUGAAAUUCCAAGACUCUGACAGUAGUCAGAGUAAUGAUCUGGAAGCUGCCAAUGGCAAAAUUCAAGAAAAUAAUUAGGCACAAUAAAAAAAAUCAUAAACAGUUUUCAU